AUGAGACCUUCUUUCCCUAUGCGAUCCGGUGGUGGUGGUGAGAUUGGCAAGUACGGAAAAUACCUUGGAGAAUGGGGUAACUUGGGCUCGCAAACCCAGAAAGGCAUCGCAUCAUUCGCCUUGAGCUCUAACAGACAACGUCCUCUCGCCGGCACACUCCACGCUGCUAUCUUUAAUGUAUUCCGAAGAUUCUCGCACCAAGUUCUCUACAUCGCACCUCCUAUGAUUAUCGGUUACUUCACAAUGCAAUGGGCGAUUGAACGAAAUGAAUACUUGAACUCUAAAGCUGGAAUCAAGGAAUUCGGUACUGAUGAAUAG